UCGGUUUGAUUUAACUUCCGCCUUCAGACAAGACACUUCACAUGUGUAACGAUACCACACGUGUGACAAGAACACAUUAGUUAUGUGACUACAGAAAAGGAAAGGCAAUGGACAGACAUGCAAUUUCCCAAUGCUCUAUUGCAAAAGGAACAUAAUGGCGAAUCUUUAACAUGUAUUCGGAUUUUCCUUGAGUUCCGAAUAACUUUAAAAGCAGACGACAUCAAUGGCGCUUCAACCCGAUAGGCAGAUUUCCCCUUACCUACAAACGACGUCAACGCUUUCCUGGCUUGAUGAUUCGACGAAUUCGGUGAUGAUCAAGAAAAGCCUGCAUGUCCACAUCUGAAGAGCUGUCCGACCUCCGAGCGUGGCCUAUGGCACUUUGAAUCUCAAAGGGCCUGGUAAGCGGCAACUUACCCCUCACAUCGGCCGCAGCACAGACUUCGUCAGUGAAAGGCAGACGAUAAACCCUUCAACCAACCAACCAACCAACCAAUGUGGAAGACUCAAAAGAAGGGCAACGGGGACCACGCGCAGACAUGGAGCUACGGACCAAGGCCGCAGUGACAGUCUAUCCACAUCUGAGGAACAAUUAGACCUUGGAGCGUUACUUGGACGGGCCUCGUAAAUUUUGAAUCAAGAGAAGGCCUGAUUAUUUCGGUCAACAAGAUCUUGACAAUAUCGAAGCCGGAAAUGGUUGACGGGUACCAUCUUCCGGAUAACGUUUCUGCCGUAUCGUUGCGUGCGCUUGGGGCAUCAACGCGCCAACUUCUCGCUAUCUACCUCGAUCCUCCAUCUUGUACAGUGAACAAUGACGGUUUCGCAACCGAUGCGUCUGGAUUGGCAGAACUUGCUGGGUUCGAUUAUCCAACCAUUCGAUACUUCGAGUCUAAAUCCAGCAAAACUAGCGAACUUUUGGACAUGUGGCGGUACCGACAAAACGGAACCCUGGGAAAUCUCGUUGGAUAUCUCCUGCAGAUCGAGAGAUUCGACUGUCUGACAGAGAUCUGGCAAAAAUUAUUGACAGACGCUAACAAGUGGGCAAAACGGUCACGUACACGCGAGUCCUCGUGCACAGCGGUGAGUUUUAACGGCAACGUUCCAUCAACUGAAUCCUCCUCGGAUGACGUGACCUCAUCCACUGACUUCCUAACUAUCGACGAUGUUAAUGCUGGGGAAAUCCAGAUGUAUUCGGCGUGUGUCUGUUGUGCUGACGAUGACCUUGGCCUUGCACGUGACAUUGUCCGGGAGCUAUCGAAAACCAUUAAGCUCUUUAUCCCACAAGACCAUCUAGUGGGAGGGGCGUAUGAAUUUGAGGCCACAGCGGAAGUCAUUGAGGACAGAUGUGAUGGCCGACUGGUGGUUUUGCUGUCUAAUCACUACACGAACUCGCCUGCCUGUUCCUUCGCUACACAAUUCGCCAAGACACUCGAUCCCGACGCACGUAGAAGGAGGAUCAUACCGGUCGUCACACAGGAGGGAGUGAGCUUCCCGCGCAUUUUACGUGGCAUCAGUACAAUCAAACAUUACAGGUGUGCAUCUAUGACGUCAUUUCUAACUCAGGUCAUUGCCUCGCUUUCAUACAAACCUCAAACAAAAAGUAAUACUAAAAUUUUAAAUGACCCUCCCCGAGAAAACAAAACCAUUUCAACCUCUUCUUCCUGGAGCUCCGUCGAAUACCCUAGGAAGUCUUCAGGUAUUUCGACGUCGUCUAGUGUAAUAUCAUUGGAUUGCGACAGGAGAUCAUCGUUCGCUGUAGACAAACGCAAUUCAAAUGUUUCAAUGGCAUCUAUAAUAUCCAACGAGUCCCGAAUAUCAAACUAUCGGAGUUAUUUGUCUUCCUCAAACGAUCCAGGUUUAGUGUCGUCUGCUAUUCAUCUUGGUCGUGAAUCACCGUCAUGUAGCUCAAAAGUACUUAAUAUCAAUCCGUUUCCCUUGAAUCUAUAUAAAAAUGAGCAGUCCCAGGAGCCAGGAGGAAAUUUAACGAAAUCUUCAGCAUAUUCUUCGACAUCGACAUCUGAUAAAAACUUUAAUCGAUCAAAGUAUAAUGAUCUUUCACCUGGAAGUGACGUCAUGGCAAGACAGGUGCAACAAAGGCCUAAUCGGAUUUGUCCCACAUCAGAUCUGAACAUCGGCAUUGAUCAGAUCGGCGAUAAAACACAAAAUGACGGGAAAACCAAAUCAACGAUAAUUGCCACUUUGAAACGUGUUUUUACGCGUUCUCCGUCAAACAAAAAUGUAGAAAAGACUUACAAUUUAACAACAAAUACAAGAAGUUGUGACGGGAGCAGCGCGAGCAAUGUGUCCCAACGCUCAGCAUUCAAAUGUGAGGGUUCCUCAGUACCCACCGAGUCACAUGUACCUUUGUUAUCUUCAAAUAUGCCGUCGAACGCCAAGAAGGUGGCGCCACUUGCACAGGCUAAUAAGAAAAGAAAUAUUGACGAAAGUGACGUCGUGUUUGUGUAAAUAGGACAUCAUCAUUCCAGUAAUGCAGUGUAUGUGGAUUGUUUCUGAAAUAUGUUUUUCUAACAAAAUUAUUUCUGUUGACUAUAUUACUCAUUGAUAUAUAAAUAUGUCAGUAACCGUAUCAAAUAUUAUAUGCAGUCGAAUAAUGUCUUCAAAUGGACAUUAUGCGACAUUGUGAUGACGGGACAUUCUGGAAAGGAAACACACUGUUUAUUUACUACCUAAUGAAAUUGCAAGGUGAAAAAGAUUUUAUUCGAAUAUUUCACCUGUUUUAAUUCUUAUUAGUAGUGGCAUGUAAAAACCCAUUUCUAAAUCUUCACGUUUUCUGUAAGUGACCUUAUAUUUUUUCAAACAUGUGUAGUUGUUUGUUUCUAAAAUUACAAUUCUUUGCAAGAUUACCAUCGUUGCUCUUUGUUGGUUGAUGACCCUGUAGAUAUAGCCCCACUCUUAUGGUUUACACCUGUUGUAAGAUUUAAGGACGUGUUAGGUUUUGGUGGUGGAGGAAAGCUGGAGUUCCCGGGGAAAACCACCUACCUACGGCAAGUACCUGGCGACCGCCCCAGGCCACAUAGGCCUCGAAUCCGCGACC